AUGGAAGCAGAAGAUGAACCAAAUCAGGUUCCUGCCGUUAUGAAUUUGGAAACACAUUGUAUUAUAAUUAAUGAACUAUCAGAAACCGAACAAAGAAACCUCAAAAAAACUAAACAACGAG